CCUCUCUGUCGAGCAGUGGCGAAAAAAAUAGUCCGCUUACAAGCGAGGCAGAGAAGAGGAACCAAGAGCAACGAUAGCUUAACUGGCUAAUUCCACGAGUGGAACUAACUGCGCCCCAGCCAGUCUCGCCGUAACCGCUAGCAUGGCCGACAACGACAAAGUGGACAACCAGCGACUGAAGAACUUCAAAAACAAGGGUCGGGAUUUGGAGUCUAUGAGAAGACAGAGGACUGAGGUAGUAGUGGAGCUGCGAAAGAACAAAAGAGAUGAGCACCUCCUGAAGAGAAGAAAUGUGCCCCACGAGGACAUUUGCGACGAUUCGGAUGUGGAUGGAGAUUUCAGAUCACAAAAGACCUCUCUUGAAGCAAUAGUGCAAAAUGCCACCAGCGAUAACCAGGGCAUCCAGCUGAGUGCUGUUCAGGCUGCCAGGAAAUUGUUGUCUAGCGACCGCAACCCUCCCAUAGACGACCUGAUCAAGUCUGGGAUUCUUCCUAUUCUGGUUCACUGUCUGGACAGAGAUGAUAACCCUUCUCUGCAGUUUGAGGCAGCCUGGGCUCUGACCAACAUAGCGUCUGGCACCUCCGAGCAGACCCAAGCUGUGGUGGAGUCCAAUGCUGUGCCGCGCUUCCUGAGGCUGCUACACUCCCCUCAUCAAAAUGUGUGCGAGCAAGCCGUCUGGGCUUUGGGCAACAUCAUUGGUGACGGCCCGCAAUGCAGAGACUAUGUGAUCGGCUUGGGCGUUGUCAAGCCGCUGCUGUCUUUCAUCAGUCCCUCCAUCCCCAUCACCUUCCUCCGCAAUGUCACCUGGGUUAUGGUCAAUCUGUGCCGCCAUAAAGACCCUCCGCCGCCCAUGGAGACCAUCCAAGAGAUCCUGCCAGCUCUGGUUGUGCUUAUCCACCACACUGAUGUCAGUAUUUUGGUUGACACAGUGUGGGCUCUGUCCUAUCUGACGGAUGCUGGGAAUGAGCAAAUCCAAAUGGUGAUUGACUCUCUCAUUGUCCCUCACCUGGUUCCACUGCUCAGCCACCAGGAGGUCAAAGUCCAGACCGCUGCCCUGAGGGCUGUGGGCAACAUCGUGACUGGAACAGAUGAGCAGACGCAGGUGGUGCUCAACUGUGAAGCUCUCAACCACUUCCCCGCCCUCCUCUCACACCCGAAGGAGAAAAUUAACAAAGAGGCGGUGUGGUUCCUGUCAAACAUCACAGCAGGAAAUCAGCAGCAGGUGCAGGCCGUCAUUGACGCCAAGCUAGUCCCCAUGAUCAUUCACCUGCUCGACAAGGGUGACUUUGGAACCCAGAAGGAAGCAGCCUGGGCCAUCAGCAACCUCACAAUAAGUGGGAGGAAAGAUCAGGUGGCGCAUCUGAUCGAGAAGCAGGUCAUUCCUCCAUUCUGCAACUUGCUCACGGUGAAGGAUGCCCAAGUGGUGCAGGUGGUCCUGGACGGCCUCAGCAAUAUCCUGAAGAUGGCUGACGACAAGGCUGAAACUAUUGCUAAUCUUAUUGAAGAGUGUGGAGGUUUGGAGAAAGUGGAGCAGCUGCAGAAUCAUGAAAAUGGAGAUAUCUACAAGCUAGCGUAUCAAAUUAUUGAUCAGUUCUUCUCAUCUGAUGAUAUUGACGAAGACAACAGCCUGGUCCCAGAAGCCAUCCAAGGUGGAACGUACGGCUUCAACUCCGCCAACGUGCCAGCUGAGGGAUUCCAGUUCUAGACGGAAUCCGGGGUAUUCUGGAGUUUUGUUCAUGAUGCAGCACUCUGUUCAACAUAAACAAAAUUAGGCGAGAGAGAGAGAGAGAGCGAGAGUGUGAGAAAUUUGAUCCAUUGUGCUUGGCUCGUGGGAUCCAUGGCUGCAUCUUAUCUGAGAGAGAAAAAUGUGUGGAUUUCAUUUGGCAUUCCCAGGGGAAAGCAGCCCAAAUGAAGUUUGAGUUGGCGAGUGGGUGCGAGUGAGAAUGAGUGGCUACAUGUUGCAAAAAAACAAAAACAAAUGUCAAAACCAAGCAAAAAACCUACAUUGAAAUGUGUCGAGAGACACGGCGACGUGACGACUUCAACAACUCGAUGUCCGCCCGAGGAGAACCAACAACACAACAAUGAACUCUUAAUUAUGAACAGAGAUGAAACAAGCAAUCAUCACAAUUCUAGAGUGCGCCACCUUCCCCCAAUCUGCCACGCUAUCAGACGUGUGUGUGAAUGGAGCCUGCGUAUGAAUGUCUGGACUCAGCGCUGAGGAGCCAGGUUCAUCUCCUCUCAACAAGGACGUCCCGACGGGACACCGUCGACCUCUCUCCCCUGGGGGGUGAGGCCAGGAGUCCGGCUGCGUGUCACAUGUGCGAGCGAGCGACCGAGAGAAUGGGCGGAUGGGUUGUGUGUGCGUGACUGGGAGUGUGCGAGGAGGCAUGCAAGAGACUGCAGAGAUACAAAUGCGACAUCUUGAGCAAGGAAAUGCAGCGAGGUUUAGAAAAUGAGAAAGAAAUCCGGCCUAUGAGGCUGAUCCCGCAAAUCCCUGAAAGGAAGAACUUUGGAUAUGGGAAGGAAAAGAAAAAAAAAAAUCAUUGCAAGGAAUAUUUUUUUUUUUUCAAUUACUUAGUUGCUAUUAAUUGACAUUGGACAUUGCUAAUGGCAGAUGCACAGAAGAGGUGCAUUCUAUUAUGAAGAUGCAUUUGGUGGCUUCAGGGCUUUUCUUUUUGCCUCCGGCGUGUUCCUUUUUAUGCUCCCCCCCCAGCUUUUAUUUUCACGGCUUCUGUAAAGGCGAUCAUGACCACGCACCCUCACAUCACAACCCUAAAGCUAUGCCACAACAUAGAGGCUUGAUGCUGUUAAUUUGACACCAUAGUUGUUAUCAACAAAAUGAUCUGCUUAGUUUUAAGUACAGCAGAACCACUGCUUAGCAGUUUUGUUGCCAUAGCUUUGACUUAUCAUGAAUGGGAGAAGUAAACAAUUGCCAUUUUCAUGUAGGAUUGUGAAUCUCAUAACCCUUGCAUGUACUUAAAUGAUGACGCAGUUCCUUUUUUUUUUUAGAGUCUUUUAGUUUCCUUAGGCUGUUGAUACAGUGUAAUUUUUAUUUUAAGUAAACUGUGCUUAAAUGUUAUGUUUCCCUUUCCUUUACCUCCCUACCCCCUUUACCCCCUAGUGUCCCAUUUACAAAAUCUGUAUGGUUUUGCACAUGUACUGCAAAGUGAGGCCUCAAGUCUUUGUUAAGAUGGUUAGGGCUGACCUGCCAGUGGCCUCUACAAUAUGCAUCUCUCGGCCACAAUAUUUGUCUUUGUAGAGGCAUCCCAGGAUGCUUUUAUAUAUAUAUAUAUAUAUAUAUAUAUAUAUAUAUAUAUAUAUAUAUAAAAGUGAUAGUUCUCCUGAAAUAGUAAUUUUUCUCAACUAUCUCAGACUAUGAGGGAAUCUAACCUCACGCUUUUGUUUUUCCCCAAGGCCCAAAGGGUGUCCAAGUGUCCCUAAGUGGAACCUUUGAAAAAAAAUAAAUCAUGAAUACAUUUGCUGGCUCUUUAGUACAUUUGGGAGUCAUUUAGCCCCAUCAGAUUUCCUUCGUUCUUUGCACAAAACUAAAGGUCCCUUGCCGUUUUUUUUUUUGUCUUCAUAAUCAUUGUCCUCUUACGGGGUUUACAAGAUAGUUUGAAAUUGUCCAGAAAAUUAUUCGAUUUUUUUUUUUUUUUUUUUAAAUCGUAAAUGGGCUUCGCUCUGAUUGGAUCGCUCAUCUUCUGCAAUUUAUGGAAAACACUUUGCUCUGAUUGGUCCAUAACACGGUGUCUUCGAGUCUCUGUCUCGAAGCUUGGGGCGGCCAAGCAUUCAUUGCGAUGCUGCAUCCUUUGAGGUCUCACUACCAUUGUGAAGCACAAUUCAAGCAAUGGAUUGUUGGCCCACCAAUAGGGAUUCGAUCUGGAAGGGGAUGUGGGUGAAAAUGAAAAAAGGGGGAUAUUUUAAGGUUAUGCUCAUCCGCUCCCGUUCAUUUGAAUUGAACCUGCUUUGACAACGAAGAAAAGCGUUGCAGUUUCAUCCACCACAGUUACAUUAAAAAAGAUUGUUGUAAAACAAGAUAUGUAUCCUUACAGACAUGAUUUCUAUGGCUGAAGCUCACUUGCUUAAAACCUGGAAAUGCCGUGAAGCUAUUCAGCUGAGUUGAGUGGUUACCAACCACGAAGUGGGCAAUUACUUGAAUAUUAUUUGGCGUAACUAACGCACAUAAAGACAAUCGGCCUGUUUUUGUGCCGAUUUUGCCCCUACCCGACCAAACACGUCAAACGCCAGACAAUCUUUAGUCUUCCAAGAUUAUUUUAUAAGAUUUUCCUUUGGUGACGUGACACAGAAUGUAGCCAAUUAAGAAACCCUGACUCAACAAAAAGAAUCGACCGUAAAUUAAAAAAAGAAAAGCAUGUCUUUGCCCGAUGUUCUUUUUUUUUUUUAUAGACCUAUAAAAGUGGGUUCCCCAGACGGUAACACGUAUUUUCCAAAACAAGCCUAUUUUUUAGGACAUCGCUAUUUUACGAGACUCCGGCUUCGGGAAUGUUCGGGAAUCAUCGGCGCAAAACCGCACGUGUUCCCUCCUCUUCGGUUUUGUGAGAUCACGUGAUUAUGAGAGAUUUUGAGAUCUGCGCCGGAAAUAAAUUUUGAUGUGUGGUGGUGUAUCUAUAUGAUCAGUGCACACAUAUGACCAAAACUGUAAAUUACUUGAUUUUUUUUCUUCAUGUGUGUGAUUUGUCUCAGAUAAGAUUAAUUUUAAGAUUUCUAAAGUCCUGAUGUGUGUACCAGGCCUUAGUAACACCAUUAACGAUUUCAAAUCCUGUUUGCAAGAGGUUUUGCUGUUCAAAGGCUAUUGCAUUGAAUCAAGAAACUGCAUAGAUAUCAAACUUAAACCAGUUCACAGACUAAUUUUGACCUGUAGUAUGCAUAAAACAGUAGAAGAAAAUGAUUUUGAUGACAUGGCACCUUUAACUACUCCAGGUUGGGGUUUGCCUUGAAGCUGUAAUACCAAUAAUGAUGACCCUUUCUGCUCUUAAAAUUUCUGUUGGGGAGGGGAUUUUUUUAUUUAUUUUUUUCAGCAUUGCGCAUUAGUAGAGAUGUGAUUUCAAAUCCUUACAGAAAUAAAAACUGACAGUGAAGACAA